UGGCGGGCGCAGUAAAUGGUUAAAGUGAAAGUAGAUGUCGCCGCCAUUUUGAGUGAACCAGUACUUAGUGUCUAUAGGGAAGAUCUAAAGAACGCUUUCACAGUGGGGAUCGAACCCGUGACCUCCUGGUUGCUAGGCGGACACCAUAUCCUUUACGCCACAGCUACCUCAGGGUUUGGGGUAACGGUACAGUUUGUCAAGACACCAAACGCAAAGCCUAUCCCAAGGCAAUGCCCCAUUUGCGUGGUAAAAGGCAACACGACUGUGUACCUCCGGGUAACAGACCACGUUCGCUGGGUGCAAGCGCUGACAGCAGACCCCAUGAAGCCGUUGAUGUCAGAGGCACGUGCUAAGACCGGUCGGAAAGUGAAGAAGACAAAGCCGAGGAAUUACUACUCUUGCUGGCUGUGCGACCGGUCGGUGAUUGACCGGCUGCGUCAUCUAGAACAGGAGCACAAAAUGGAGGCUGGGACAUUCAAUUUUGUUUACACAAGAGGGCCGUUUCCGGAAAUUUCAAUCGUUGACUCAUAUGUAGACUACAUGUUCCUGCGGAGCAGGCCAGGUGGGUUGGCAAACGAGUCGAAAACACAAGAGGUCAACAUGAAGAUCAACCGGUUCCUGGCCCUGUCUGGCUACUUGGAAGGAGUGGUGUUGAGUGACAUGCUGUUGUGGAUGGGCCAUAUGGAGGUCCACGACAGUUCCUCAACACCACUCACCAGCUGAAGACGGUGCGGAAUGCACUAACGGCAAUCAAGAACUUCCUGAAGUGGUGCGAGGGAAUGGUCUAGCGGACGCCCGCACAUUGAACAAUGCUUCCUGACCUCAACCUGCCUGGAUAAGAGCCGUCGCGAGAUUGUUCGGAGGGUAGAGGAGAGUGCGGCCAUCCUGACGGACGCAAACCUGGAGCGCCACUUCACUGAGAGUGAGCAUGUAGUGAAAACGAUCAAGGUGAUCCAGGAGCCCCCAGCUGGCACACCUGAAAGAUAUUCGGGGAAUAAUCAUUUAACUGAUAGCGCUCUAUAACGCCUCCUGAACUGGCAAGUGUACCUAGAGAUUGAGCUGGAGACAGUGAAGGUGCUGACCUCUGUGUGGAACACUUAGAAGCUGGCAAGUUUUCAUAUUGAAGGGUAUGGUUCCCAACCGCCCAUCACACACAGAAUGAAGCUUGUCGUCUUCCGCAGUAAAAACUGGGUGCUGGAAGAUGCUUACUGCUAUAUUGACUGCUUCCGAGCGCUUCCUGGACCUAAAAAUUAUCUCCCAGCAGCAACCUCCCCAAGGUGUGACGAGAGUCUUCAAGCACUAAACUCACAGUCUGCACAAUAUCCGAAAAGAGUGCUAUGGUGCUGUCAUGCUCCUGAACCGGUACUUCCGUGGCUGAGAGAGCUGGCCAUUCUGUAGGAUCUUGAACAGCAGCCUCCACACACAGCUGGUUUGGCAGGUCGUCAUGUAUGGAUGCUAAACACCUCCUAGCCCCUUCAGCACUCAGAUGUAGUCCAUCAUGGGACAAGUACAGGGACUUCUUAAAAUUAAAUUUUGAUUAUUGAUAGUUACCGUACUAAUUUGUUUUAAACAUAACUAAGAUAUUAAAGCAGCAAAUUAAA